GGAGGAAAUCUCGCGAGACUGGGGCAGUCAAGGAGCGCUAGUCGGGGACGGUCGGCGGAGGUUUAUCCCGGGUCAGUGAUGGGGCUGAACCCCGCUGACUUGCCAGUUGUCUGUGCUGUCUCUGUUGGAUUCUGCGUCUGCUCGCUGAAGACGCGGAACAGAGGUGCGGAGUCUUUUCCUUUGGGUGCUUAAGACCCGGUCGUCAGAGGUCCUCAUCUCCAUAGCCGACGGCUGCGAGGGAUUGAGAGCGCAGUCAAGAUGGUUUCUGAAUAAGUGAAAGCAAAUAAGACCUUGUGAAUCCAGCCUGGCUCAAGAAUAAAACUGGGAUCGGAAGAUCUAUUUCUGGUACUAGCUGGGCUCUUUCACUGGGUUCCUCAUAUUGUUAACUUGUUGGAGUCCAGCUCCAACAGGGGGUCUCAGGAGACGAACGGAUGGUGAGGAGUCGGCGAAAGGAAGGUGGAGAAACAACACAGACACCAAAGUGAAGAUAUUCUUUUAGAAAUGAGUUGCACAAUUGAGAAGGCACUUGCUGAUGCUAAAGCCCUUGUUGAAAGAUUGAGAGAUCAUGACGAUGCAGCAGAAUCUCUGAUUGAGCAAACCACAGCUCUCAACAAGCGAGUAGAAGCAAUGAAGCAGUAUCAGGAAGAAAUUCAAGAACUUAAUGAAGUCGCAAGACAUCGGCCACGGUCUACAUUAGUUAUGGGAAUCCAGCAAGAAAACAGACAAAUCAGAGAAUUGCAACAAGAGAACAAAGAAUUACGUACAUCCCUGGAAGAACAUCAGUCUGCAUUGGAACUUAUAAUGAGCAAGUAUCGAGAACAAAUGUUUAGAUUGCUCAUGGCUAGCAAAAAAGAUGAUCCAGGUAUAAUAAUGAAGUUAAAGGAGCAGCAUUCCAAGAUUGACAUGGUACAUCGUAACAACUCCGAAGGAUUCUUCCUUGAUGCAUCUCGACACGUCCUUGAAGCACCUCAACAUGGACUGGAGAGGAGGCACUUGGAAGCAAAUCAGAAUGAGUUACAAGCACAUGUUGACCAGAUAACUGAAAUGGCAGCAGUGAUGAGGAAAGCCAUUGAAAUCGACGAGCAACAGGGUUGCAAGGAGCAGGAACGAAUAUUUCAACUUGAACAAGAAAACAAGGGCCUGAGAGAGAUCCUUCAAAUAACUCGAGAAUCAUUUUUGAACCUUAGGAAGGAUGAUGCAUCAGAAAGCACAUCUUUGUCAGCAUUAGUAACCAACAGUGACCUGAGUCUGAGGAAGAGCUGAAAGGGUUCCAAGUCUGGGAACUUUGUAUAUGACUCUAAACUAUCACAAAGACUGGCCUAUAAAUGAAUGAAUGAAGAGAAAACUCAAAUUCAAUCAACCCUUUUUUUUUUCCUCUAUGGUUUGUACAGUGCACUGGCUAAGUGUUAGCCAAAAAAAAAAAAAAAAAAAUGUAUAGUUGGUCAUAAACUUUAUUCCAAAACAUAAUUGAAAUGGAAACUGAGCCAUUGUUAAUUGGUGAACAAACAAAGGGUUUUCACAGUGAUGGCUGAAAAUAUCAAGAGCUUUCAGCAGUGCUAUUGGCUUUCUAAAUGAUAUACUUAGAUACACUUGACUUUUCCCAGUAAUUGUUUGGGAAUUCAUAGAAUUAUCCUAAUUUACGAUAUUUUGCCAUGGUUUUGUGAAUGGAAGAUCCUUAUACUCAGUUUAAUCCUUCCUGUUUGGUGUCAGAGUUAACAAAUAGGUUAUGUACCAUAAGACUUCAGCUUUAGUGAUUGCCUGUCUCCUUUCCCAUUAAUUUAAAAUUUUUUUGUCAAAGAAAAUUCAGGUUUAAAGGUUGCAGUAAUGUUUUACAUGUACCACAAAUAAAAGAGGAAAUUUAAUUAUAGCUAAUUUACCACAUAAAUGAUACUUAGCUAACAAUUGUCCAUAACUUGCUAAAGAAUAUGAAAUAUUUCAGGAAUGAAAGAUAAGGAACAUUACUUUCUAAGAAGAUCUUAUAAAUAAACAUAUUUAGUAGGUUAAACUACUCCUCUGAAAGAAUAAGUUUUGGUUUUUAGUCAACAAUAAAAACAAUUUUUCUCUUUUCUGUUUGGUAUUUAAGGACCUCAUAUAUUUCAUUUACUUAACAAAGUUGAAAUGUUUCAUGUAGUAAAAUAGGUAUGGUAAUUUCAAAGUAAAUUCAAAAUUAUGGUUUACCCAACCCUUUUUUAAGUAAUUAAGAUACAGAAAAAGUAGACUCAAAUAUUAAAAAAUAUAUAUAUAUUUUUUAAGCUCCAUCUGCCUCAUUCCCUUAAGGUUUUUUUGGUUUGGUUUGAAUAACUUUUCAUUACUACAGGGGGUUGGAAAUCUAUGGAUUUACAAGUAUUGGUUUUAUUAAAACAUGUCAAACAGUAAGUAGAUUUCUUUUUUAAAGCAAAAAGAUACAGAAACUUUGACACCAAUUGAAACCUAAAUUUUUCUUUAUUUUGUAGUGAUCAUAUAGAAUAAAAGAAUGAGUAUCAAAUAUUAUUAAAUAUACUCAUUUUAUCACACAUUAAAAUUAACACAUAGAAAAUUCUACUUAUGAGUAUAUAAUUUGUUAAAUAUUAUGUCAUGACAAUUUUUAAGUAUAAUUUCAUAUAUUGAUAAAACUCAAAACUACUUUUCACUUUAGAAAUUUUCUACAUUAAGUUUGGGGAGAGAAGGGUAGAUGGGGCUUACUGAUUAGAAAAGGGUUAAUAAUGGCCCAAAACAUUAAAUUUCUUUUUUCAUUCAGAGGCCUUAACUGAUACUUUAUAAAUGACAGUCUUUUAUUUUUAAACUUUUCUAUUUUUUUCAGAAAGCAGACCUUAAUUCAGUGGCACAUUCAAAUAGUUUUUAUCCCAAGUAAAAAUUAAAUAAGCUACACAGUUGAGAUUCUAAGGCAAUUCAUUAGGCAGCUGUAAUUAUAAACAUUACUUGAUAAAUAUUUUUAUAAACAGAUGAGUUAAUUUAUUCUUGGUGUUCUUGCUUGAAUAUGAUUUUAAGGUCUUGGGUGUUUGAAAGACUUUGUUUUUAAUGACAGUUUUCCAUCCCCUACCCCCGCCUUUUUUUUAAGAACUUCAAAUUUGUGUCUGAGAGUAUAUACUGCAUAGGAGACUAUUUUAUCAAUAAAGAUGGAUGAUUAAAUAUU